AAACCCUUUUUCUCAUCCUCUCUCUCUCUCUCUCUCUCUGUUCGGAACAAGACAAGAGUCAAAACACAGAGAAGCGAUAUGAAGUCGACAAUCCUACCAUCCAUGUCCGUUUCUCUCUCUUUCUCUUUCUCCAAACCCUAAUUCCCAAAUCCUCUUCCUUUCUUUCUCCCUUCUCAAUCAAAUACCAAAAUGGAUCUCUCCGACACCGCCGCCGCCAGAGGAGGAACCUCUCGCCACCUACUCGACCCUUCUCUCUCAAUCGUCCCCAGAUCUACUCCUCCAGACGAAGCCACGACCUCAUCCACCGCCACCGCCACGGCGACUACUUCUUCCACAACCGUAACAAAACGUUCAACAAAAGACCGUCACACGAAAGUCGACGGAAGAGGGCGGCGAAUCAGGAUGCCGGCGCUCUGCGCCGCCAGGGUUUUCCAGCUAACGAGAGAGCUAGGUCACAAAUCCGACGGAGAAACCAUCGAGUGGCUUCUCCAGCAAGCCGAGCCGGCGAUUGUCGCCGCUACAGGCACCGGAACCAUCCCGGCGAACUUCUCAUCCUUGAGCGUCUCCCUCCGGAGCAGCGGAUCGACUCUCUCCGCUCCUCCGGCGGGGAAGUCUGUGCCUCUAUACGGCGCCCUCGGACUGACUCAUCAUCAGUACGAGGAGCAGGGAGGCGCGUUUACGCCUCCGCUUUUAGGGUUUCAUCACCAACUCCAGCAGCAGCAGCAUCAUCAUCAACAGGCUCCUCCUCCCCCGGAAGGGGGUCUGGGUCCCGAGGGGGAGGGUUUCUCGAGGAAACGGUAUAGAUCGGAUAAGGAAAGCGAAGAUGGGAAGCAGAAUGAGAAGGAAAGUGAAUCUCCGGCGGCCGCCACGGCGGCGCCGAUGUGGGCGGUUGCUCCGACGAAUAGGUCAGCCGGUGGGAACACGUUUUGGAUGCUUCCGGUGCCACCAACCACCGCUGGGAAUCAGACAGUCGCUAUGGAGAGCAGCAGCAACACUAACCGUGCGCAUAUGUGGCCGUUCGGAGCUGGAGGAGGUGGGACUCAUUUUAUGGCGGGAACGGGGUUUAGUUUUCCGAUGGAUCAGUACAGAGGGAGUCCACUUCAGUUAGGUUCUUUCUUAGCUCAUCAGCCGCAGCAGCAGCAGCAACCGAAUCAGAAUAUAGGUUUAAGUAUGCCGGACUCGAAUCUUGGGGUGUUAGCUGCUUUGAACGCGGCUUAUGGGAGAGGUGGAAACGCAAACACAAACGCAAACGCGGAACAAGUGAACAGUGGGGUGGAACAUCAAGAGAAGCAGCAGCAGCAGACGCAACAGAGUGAUCAGGAUGAUGAUAGUAGAGAUGAGAAUUCGAAUAGUGAUGGGUGAUUGAUGUAAACUAAUCUUAUGAUGAAGCGUUUAAUUUGGUAAGAGUUUUAAUUUUAAACGUUUGUUAGCGGUUUGAUUAUUUGUUGUGAGGUUUGAUUUAUUUGUUGUGAGGUUUGUGUGUGUUGUUGUAGUACUAGUAGUCUUAGAGAAGAAUUUGUGUGUGAAUGAAUUGUUUCAUGAGAAGAGAAUGUUUUCAUUUGUAUAGGAGGAAUGAUAGGACCCGUGAUUUUUUUUUCUUUCUGUGUUUCUUUUAUUUAUUAUCUUUUUUUUUUGAACACAUCUUUUAUUUAUUAUCUAGGAUUAGUUUUGCACGCUUAAAUAAGAAAAAUCGUACGAGAGUUGCAUUUAACCGCGAUUUUCUCUAUUUUCAACUCCUGAAUUGAUUAUUAAGUACAAU